UUAUGUCCAGUGGAAGGGUCCCUAGUAAUACAGACAUUCAACUGCCAAGUCUUAACCAGAAAACCAUCCAACAGUGGUACAACAAGAAGGGGAAAGAGAAGGAUCUCAAGAUCCUGCUGCAAGGUAUUCAGCUGCCAAAGGCUUCCCUGACAGGAAAAGGUGCGCCGGCACCAAGGUCGAAGCCAGAAACCUUACAGUUAGGACAGACUUCCCCUUUCCAGUUUGUAUGUCCUCCAGAUACUGCUGGCAUGGCUAAAUUGAAGAUCAGAGCUUCAAUGCCACCACCAAGACAAGUUCUGCAUAGACCAAUCCUACCCAUGCCAUCUUCAGCUGCACCUGGGCCUGUACAGUUGCGAGUUAUACUGACACCACCAGUGAUAACUCCACCGACUAUGCCGAUGAUAGUACCAACUGUACAAGCAGGACAGAAAAGACCAAGUGUAACAGAUGAUGCGGUAAAACCCAAAUAUACCAGACAGGCAACAUCUGUUAAAUGUCCAAAGUGUGGCGAUGACAGAACUCCUCCCAUUCAUCGGCAGUAUAUGGGAUACAAGUUCUGCGGUAGGACAGAAGCUGCAUCUUUUGACAAAUGGAGGGCAGAGUUAAAAGAGAGAGGAGUGGCAAGGAAAAGAAAGGCUGCUGGAAGGGGAACCGAAUGA